AUGGAUUCUUUACAGGUCAGUAUUCAAGCUUUCAAUGAUGAAGAUCUUCAAGGGCGUCGUACUCUAGGAUUAUUUCUUCAUAGACGUAAGGCAGAGGUGGCAGAUUCCCUUAGAAAGGUCCACAUGUAUGUCGAUCCUCGCAAAAAGGUGACGGCUCGUUAUCAGUUGAUUUGUCCAUCAAAGAGAGAAGUCAUGGUGUUUGGGAGCUUUAAGCAGGCUAGAACUCUGCUGCCCAAAGCUCCAAAAGGCUGGGGCUGGAGAACUGCACUGUUGUUUGAUGAACUUGGUGAUCUGCUUCAGCGUGGAGCUCUGAGAGUUUCUGCUGUUGUGCAGCUUGUUUAA